AGUGGGUGUCAUUAGUAUUAUUAGUGUUGUUGUCGUUAAACAUAACAAAACAAAACUAAAAAAAAAAUAUUUACCGAUUGAUUGAUUGAUUGAUUGAUCCGCCGAUUGGUUGUCCACUACCGCCGCCGCCGUCACCGAUAUAUUACAGUCAAAAAAAAAUAGACAGUCAAGUGGUCAUCAUUACCGCCGACGCCAACCGAAACACAACCGAAACUCAGCGAUCCGUACGGACUAUAUAUUUGUUGGCCAACUAAUCGGUGUAUUAAUAACCGACUACACAAUCACCGAUACCGUCACCGAUACUACAGUCAAGUGGUCAUCACUACCGCAACCGAUACAUAACAACUUCUCCGCACGGGAUCCGACCCUUUAGUUGUGUUGACCACCGACUGUCAAUCGGGUGUUAAUAACCGACAACACAAAACACAAUCACCGUUAUCGUCGCUGACCACCCGACCCGUUCCCAAUCCUAAUCAUGAAAUUGUGUCCAAUUUGCGGACCAAAAUUGUCCGUUUGUUGCGCCGUACUGUCCGUCUGGGGUAUCGUAAUGUUGGCCAUAUUGGGCGGCCUAUUGAAAAUCAGGUCGAUUGCAUUUGCCGAAGAUAUAUUGGCCGAUAUUAAAUCGGUAGAUUUGGACGAUUUUGGCCGCCAGGCUACCGAUAAAUACGAUAACGCAGCCUAUAGUACAUGGGUUGCCGCCGUUAUCUAUGUCCUAACGUUGGCCUUUAGCCUGUUUCAGGCGGCCCUAAACAAACGUAGCGGUAAAUUGUAGGACACAACGAGUUAACCGACCAAAUUGGUGGCCAAAUGUUAAGUCCCGAUACAAACAAGUGGUCAUUUCAAACCCGUUUUUUUUUGUUGUUGUUUUAAAUACAUAUUUUGAGAUAAAGAGAGACAUUAUUAUUAUUAUUAUUAGGAAACUAUUGUUUUAUAGUUUUUUGUUUAUUAUAUAAAUAUUUUAUUUAUUAUUAUUAUUAUUAUUAUUAUUAUUAUUAUUAUUAUAUAUA